CAGUCGAGCAGGAGCUCACAGUUGAGAGUCACCGGUCUCUUUUAGACAACGUUAUCUAAGGGUCACUAAAUCGCUGCAAACAUGCAGGAACACGAGUACCAAGGCAUUAGGUUUCCUGGUGAAAUUUCUAAGGAAACUUUGGAUGUUAUUCCUGACUACCCUGUCCGUGAUAACGACAUUUUCGUCGUGACCUACCCAAAAGCAGGUACAAACUGGAUGAUAGAAAUAGUGAGCAAGGUCAUGAAAGCUGCCGGAAAGAUGGCUACUCCUGAAGAACACUCCAUGUGGUGUUUCGAACUGCAGAUGCCGGGGCUUGACGAAAAACCACGUCACGAACUUAUGAAGGACGCGCCAUCUCCACGUAUAAUCCACACACACCUACCACUGCAGCUGGCCCCCAAAAUGGUCGCCAAUCCUACAGGAAAGGUAAAAGUGAUUGUAGUGAUGAGGAACCCGAAAGACACGGCUGUGUCUGUGUAUCACUAUAACAAGAAAAUGGUAGAGACGUACGGCGGUUGUGAUGCUAUCAAGAAACGUCUCGAAUCUUGGGAAGGGUAUGCAGAAAUAUUUCUUAAAGGGAAAGGCAUUUUUGGUGACUUCUACGACCACGCCCUCGGCUGGUGGCAGAUGAAGGAUGACCGCCAUUUUUUCUUCAUCAAGUAUGAAGACAUGAAGAAGGACCUGCGCAGUGUGAUCAACGAAGUUGCAUCCUUCCUGGAGACCAGCCUAGACGACGCUGCCGUCACCAACAUUGCCGAGUCAUGUAGUUUCGACAGUUUGAAGGCAUCUUGGGGCAAAUCAGAAUUAGCUUUGAAAAAACACAUCUGCAGAAAAGGUGUGAUUGGCGAUUGGAAGAGCAUGUUCACGCCGGAGCAAAAUGAAGCCUAUGAUGCCAAGCACAAGCUCAGGCUGGAUGGGACUGGUCUGGAGUUUGAUUUUGAGUAGUACAGUACAAAUGUGCAUGUAGUAAAUGUCAGUGUAGAGAUCACGGCCAGGCAGAGUCACUGAUUCUGCCGGUAUCAAGCCAUAUACAUCACCCUGCCAAAUACAUGACUCCGAAAUCAGGGGUUUCUAAUAUGAGACAAGGGGUUUGGAGGGGUUUAGUUGUGAUGUGGGAGACUAAACCCAACCUAUCCCCAAUUUUAAGUCUAACCCAAGCAAUGAUCCCAACUAUAACCCUAACCCUAACUCUAAUAUCAACCCUAACCUUAACCCUAGCUCAACACCUGAUCUCUUACGUAUGUAGCAGCUCAAGGAUUUGGCCCAACACUGGUAAAGAUCCCGAUCUCAUCAGGGGAGGGAACAUCUAAUCGGCAUGUGCAUGAUGCAUAUUUGUUUGUUUUUUUGUUUUUUUUCCUGAAAAUUUUUCCUGGGCAAAAUUUGUUCAGAUAGGCCCAGUUUUCUGGUAAGAAGGACAGACGAAUGUAUGUCUUGAAAUAUACACCUAAAAUGUGACCUUAUUUGAUUUUUAGACUGCUAUUAACUUCUUCACUCGUUGGAUCGACCCACUGGGACAGGGGGUAAAGUCGUAGUGUCAUUUCUAUACUUUUACCGUCGCUCAUUAAAGUGCCAAUAUGAGUCGACCUUCCAUUACUGCAUCUAAAGAAACCUUGACAA